AUCUUAAGGUGUGGGAUGGGAAGCUAUGGGGAGGAGUGUUGGGAUUGGAGACUUUUGAAUGUGCCCCCCCUCUAUCCUCAUGUUCAGGAGCUGACCACUGUGCGUGUCCAAGAUCCUCGUGUCCAGAACGAGGGCUCCUGGAACUCUUAUGUGGACUACAAAAUAUUCCUCCACACCAACAGCAAAGCCUUUACAGCCAAGACAUCCUGUGUACGCAGACGGUACCGUGAGUUCGUGUGGCUGAAGAAACAGCUGCAGAAAAAUGCCGGCUUGGUGCCUGUCCCAGAACUUCCAGGGAAGUCCACCUUCUUUGCAGGCAGCACUGAUGAAUUCAUUGAGAAGCGGAGGCAAGGGCUGCAGCAGUUCCUGGAGAAGGUGGUACAGAAUGUUGUGCUCCUUUCGGAUAGCCAGCUGCACCUCUUCCUCCAGAGCCAGCUCUCUAUACCAGAGAUUGAAGCUUGUGUCCAGGGUCGGGGCUCUCUGAGCGUCACAGAUGCCAUUCUCCAUUACGCCAUGUCAAACUGUGGUUGGGUGCAGGAGGAGGAAAGCCAUUCCGCUCUGCUGGCCAAAGGGGACUUCAGCAGCAGCUCUGUGGAAUCUCACCCUCAUUGGAGUGACAUCAGCAUGGAAGACAGCCAGUUGGAGAGCCCGGAUUCUGAGGAAGAGGAGCCACUGCCGGUUGACUCUGUAGCAUCAGCUGACUUUGUCAAGGAACAGUGAGAGCAAGAAGGAAAAGGGCUCCGCCCAGGAUGUGCUUGGAGCUCUGUCUCUAGCCCUUUCCUGGAAAUUGCAUUGCCUGUCAAAACUCCAGGGUCCAACUCCUGUGAUGUAACUGGUGACCUGAGUGAGCGACCAGCCUAGACCGAUGCCCCAGAAGCUGAAGCUCACGCCUAGGAAUACUGCAGUAGCUGUAAAUUAUAUGAUGUAGCUCCUGUUCUUGCAGUCUGAUCCUGCCUUGUAGAAAAUGAGCUGGCUUCCAGCAAGGGCAUGUCAGCCUAUCACUUCUUAUCCCACCUUCUGUAGAUUUUGGCAAACAAUCCUACGCAGGAAGCUGUUCGGUUUUGUUUUGGCUGCGUUCCCUUUCUCUCCCUCCUCCUCUCCAUCACUGAUAGUGUUUCUCGCAGAGGCCCAGCUGUCUUUGGUUACCCUGUAGGCGUGUCAAAAACAGUUCGCCUGGGGUUGGACUUUCCUUUGUUACAGAGAGCCAGAGAGCCCACCUGCUGGCUGUGGAUGCCAAGCCCACAUCUGGGUUUCCCUGGCGAAGCUGCAUGCAGCUGGGAUGAGUGGCUGCACACCCUCGCCAGCUCAUUAGCACCAGAGCUGAUUCUUCUGGUUACAGGGUGCAUGUGUUAAGAACAUAGAGGGGGAA